AUGAUUUUUACCUAGUACAAAUGGAUGUUGCAGAUGUAGGUGUAUAAUAGUCCAGGAGAAAGUUACCUAUUGUAACCUUAACAUCACAUUCUAAUAAGUACAUCAGGGAACAAUGAGCGGAUAGAAACCAAAUGUUGCAAACAUGUUCCAUAUAAGGAUAACUGUGUUUACCACCCAGGCGGAAACCCAGUUGAAAUUAAACAAAAGAAAUGGAACUCUUUGUUAGAGAAGCACUUUCUUUAGGCACAGGGGUUUGUCAGAAAAAGAACAACAACAGCAAGUUGUUUUUAGAAUGUUGUCAAGGAUACAAGUUUAAUCAGAUUAACCAAACAUGUGAUGAAUGUCCUGAAGGAAAAUACGGCUAUAACUGUAAACAUGACUGUUUAGAAAAUUACUUUGGCUUACGCUGUAGAGAAAGAUGCAAUUGUAAAGAAAACGAAACAUGUGACAAAGUUCAUGGUUGCAGAGUAACCAAGAACACUGACACAGGAAUAACUCUGAUUUAUGCUAAAGAGUCAUCCACCACUUUUAAAGAUAAAUUGAAAGUACCAACAGAGUCAUCCACCACUUUGAAAGAUGAAUUGACAAUACCAACAAAACAUAUGACUCAUACAUUGCAAGGUGAUGAUGGCGGAGACCCAGUCAACAGUAUAAUUAUUGCCGUGCUACUAACUGUUUUGGUUAUUAUCGUUUUAGUUAUGGUAUGGAAGGAAAGAGAAAAAAUAUGUAGACGAAUAACAGAUUCGCAAAUGUCGUCAGUUCAUGAGAGGCACAAAAGACGGCAUGCAAACGAAGACGACGAAAAUGCUUACUCUGAAAUUAGAGAGUCGAAGAUGGUCAGACCAAUGACAGUUUACGGGAGAAAAUUAUCACAGUGUGACCUGGAUAACCAAUAUAACCAUUUGUCACUUAAACAAACAAAUGAGAUAUCUCGCAUCAACAACUACCUAUAUAAUAUGCCGACAGAGUACACCGAACCAAUUGAUGGGAUUGGAAAUGAUUGCGAAAAGACAUCUGAAAAGACAGAUCAGUCUGACAGACCAAAUGAAAGUUGAUCAAUCUGAAUUAAAUUUUCAAAAUAAAUUUGGUAUACAAUCAAAUGAUUCUGUAUUGUGUUUCGCAAAGAAAGAACACAUUUACAUGUGUCUAAUUAUAAUUUUGAUGUUUAAGAUAUGUACAAUGUUUUGAAUAAAAAUGGAAAAACGUAAAACAAUGCCCGAGACUAUUCAAAAGCAUGAUGUAAAUAAUACAAAUAACCCGAGAACAGGUAUUG